GCGCUAUGUCCGUAUUGUCAGCGUUUCAUCGUGAACCAUUUGGGCGCGUUGUAUCACCAGUUCAGACCGUUCAUCGAACUCGAGCUGGUGCCGUGGGGAAAUUCACGCAUUCUCAGGGAUAUAUGGGAUGUAUCUGUUAUANCGAAAUUGGAUGUGGAUUUGGCGUUGAGCCAAUGCUCGGGAUUUAUACGGCAUCACUACAGGGCGAUUAGACGUUGCUACGAGAACGGGGUGGGUAUAGAGCUGCAGCACAAGGCAGCACAUCGGAGCGCGAGCGUGGCGGGACACCAGAUCAAGGAGGUUCCCUACCUCCUGAUCAACAACUACUCGCCGAAUGUGGACGCGAACAAUUUGAAUGUUUUCGCGAUUCGGCAUUUAUUGAUGAAAUGGUUUCGUUUCUAUGACAACUUUAAGCAACAUUUUUAA